AUGAAGUUCAACUCCGCUGCCAUUGUAGCCAUCUUGGCCUACACCACCUUGGCUCUGCCAGCGCCAAACGGCAAGAUGGACGUCGGCAAAGUCGACCUCGUGAGCCGCAACGGCAAGAUGGAUGUUGGAAAAGUCGACCUUGAACGACGCAACGGCAAGAUGGAUGUUGGAAAAGUCGACCUUGAACGACGCAACGGCAAGAUGGAUGUUGGCAAAGCCGACCUUGAACGACGCAACGGCAAGAUGGACGUCGGAAAGGCUGAUCUUGAACGACGCAACGGCAAGAUGGACGUCGGAAAGGCUGAUCUUGAACGACGCAACGGCAAGAUGGACGUCGGCAAGGCUGAUCUUGAACGACGCAACGGCAAGAUGGACGUCGGCAAGGCUGAUCUUGAACGACGAAAUGGCAAGAUGGAUGUCGGCAAAGCCGACCUCGAGAGACGUAACGGCAAGAUGGACGUCGGCAAAGCCGACCUUGAACGACGUAACGGCAAGAUGGACGUCGGCAAGGCUGAUCUUGAACGACGCAACGGCAAGAUGGAUGUCGGCAAGGCUGACCUUGAACGACGCAACGGCAAGAUGGAUGUCGGCAAGGCUGACCUUGAGCGACGCAACGGCAAGAUGGACGUCGGAAAGGCUGAUCUUGAACGACGCAACGGCAAGAUGGACGUCGGAAAGGCUGAUCUUGAACGACGCAACGGCAAGAUGGAUGUCGGCAAGGCUGACCUUGAGCGACGCAACGGCAAGAUGGACGUCGGAAAGGCUGAUCUUGAACGACGCAACGGCAAGAUGGACGUCGGAAAGGCUGACCUUGAACGACGCAACGGCAAGAUGGACGUCGGAAAGGCUGAUCUUGAACGACGCAACGGCAAGAUGGACGUUGGCAAGGUGGAUUACUAG